CUAGGUUUAUCUAUAACAAUAACAACAUCUUGAAUUUGAUGAGACAGCAUACUUUUGGAGUUGACAUGGUUGACUUGGGCGCGACGCGUUCAUCAACCGAUUUCUUGACAUUAAAUAAAAUGUUAAACAUCAGGCAACAUUUGCAAUCAAUGGUUACUUCUGUGGAGUGGAUGGACAGUCCUCAUUCAAAGAAGCCCGAGGGGUUUUCGGUCCUGGAUUUGAUUGGCAGCGAGUCGUUCUGGUCCAGCUGCACGUUGAUAACCCGCCUCACGGGCCCACUCUUGAGACUUUUAAGGAUAGUGGGGAGCAAGAAACGCCCUGCAAUGGGAUAUGUUUACGCGGGUCUCUACCGGGCAAAAGAAGCAAUCAAGAAAGAACUCGCUGACAAAAACGACUACUUGGUUUAUUGGAACAUUAUAGACCACAGGUGGGCCCCGCUGCAGCGGCACCCACUCCACGCCGCGGGGUUUUACCUCAACCCGAGGUACUUUUACGCCACCGUGGAAGACGUUCACCUCCAUUUGAGGUCCUUGGUGUAUGAUUGCAUAGAGAGAUUGGUUCCCGACCCGAACAUUCAAGACAAGAUUGUUAAGGAAACUUCCUCUUACCAGAAUGCUGCUGGGGAUUUUGGGCGCAAGAUGGCUGUCCGUGCUAGAGACACUCUAUUUCCUGGUGAGUGGUGGUCAACAUACGGCGGGGGGUGUCCGAAUUUAUCACGUUUGGCUAUUCGCAUCUUAAGCCAAACGUGUAGUUUGAUGAGCCAUGCCAAGCCAAAGCAAGCUCAUUUGGAGCAGAUGCAUGAAACCAGUAACUCCAUAGAGCAUCAAAGGCUCAAGGACAUUGUCUUUUUACAGUCCAAUUUACACUUGAGGGAACAUCAUGGCAAUAAGAGCAGAGAUGAUGGCUCCAUGGACCCCAUUUCAUACGAAAACUUACCCUUCGUUAAGGACUGGGUUUCGGAGAGGGAGCCGUGCUUGUACGAACCAGCAAGCUCGGACUGGAUGGUUGUGGACCCACCUUCGUCUAACGCCGUGCUCUUGUCACCUCAAGUUGAAGAUGACUUUGAAGCAUUGGGUGCAGGUUUUGGCGAUUAUGAGAUUUUCGAUGGAGUUAAAGAUAUGGUGAAAGAUGAAAAUGGCGACGAUACCUUGUAAAAAACAGUACAACAAUGGCGUUCAAUUCAUUAUCUAUCAUUUCCUCUAAUUUGUUUCUGCAGAUUUGCCCUUUAGGCAUUCAAAAUUUGAGUUACUACAUUAUUUGGCAGUGGUAAAAUAUACAAUGUGGUGAUUUUUAAUAUUCGUACUAUGAAAAAUUGUCUCGUAGUGAUGAGCCAAAGGAUCCUUUUGAGAGCGGUUCAAUUCAAGGCCGGUGGUCUCAUUCUGUCCUUUAAUUAAUGUGAAAGACUAAAUCGGUUGUCUUUUU